AUGUUCUUCGUUAGUAAACAAGAUUUGGCUGGUUCAGACCGAGAGGAUGCUGGCAAUAAUGUAACCACUAGAAAGAUUUUAAGAAAAAAGUAUGUGUGUAGAAACAAGUCAGUAUGAAAUAUUUGUAUGUACUGUAUAGUGGGGCUGGUUGUAUGAAAAAGACUCCAAAUGAAAUCACACUUGCACACAUCUAGGAAAGAAUCUACAUUUUACCUGGCGAUGUGAAUUUUGAUUGAACACACCCUUUUGGAAAGUACGUCACUUCGGCUAUAGAGCCUUGUUUUCGUGUAUUAGUUAAAAGCCCAACCUCUCACGAAAACGAGGCUCUGUAGCCAAGGUGGCGUACUUUCCGGAUGCGUGUAAUACUGUUGACAAAGUAUAUUAAUUUCUCAUUCGGAAUACAUCGGCUUUUGGGCUUUACCGCUACAGUAUACCCGAAAUGACUGUACGUAUGUUAGAUGUAUAGACUCGUUCGCUUUUUAUCAGUUUACCGAUCGUCUAUCUGUCUAUCACUUUACCGUCACUAACAUUUUCUGUUUUCUCAACGAUUCCUGAAGGAAAAAUCUGAGAGGAUUGUUUGUAAGGAAAGUUAAGAACAAAGAUCAGAAGAUAAAAGGAACAAAAGAAGGUACAAUGAUUUUAACUUUCUUUCUUGCUUGUAUAUGAUUGUAUAAUAUACAGUGUGCUGUACGUAUGAACAGUGGCGAAGUCAGCCCGACAAUUUGGUCAUGCUAUGCAAAUAUUUCCGUGUUCAUACACCGUGAAAACAAUCAAUUUCUAAAGAAUUGAAUAUUGAUUAUAGUGAUUUACAAUUUGCAUAGCAUGACCAAAUUGUCGGGCUGACUCAGUGAACUCUAAGGGAACUGGGACGAUAACUUGGCCGCCAUCUUUGAAGCCACUCAUGAAGACCGCCAUGUACGUAUGGAGUGGAAAAUACGCCACCGAAAAGAUGUCUGUUUUUGACCACUAAAUAGCUGUAUUUCAAACGCUAAAAACUUUCAACAAUACCUGAAAUUUAAUAGAAAACAUGUUUCCAGAACGUAGACCAGUUUUAAAGUUAUUUUUUCAAGAGUCAAAGUGCGAAGUUUUUUUCGGCACGUUCAAACUUGCGUAAUAUUUUGAAUAUCAAGCUGUUACCCAGGACGUUUUUGCUGUUAGUGGAUGUAAAAUACUUAGAACUAUCCAGGAAACCAGGUUUGAAUCUUUAAAGUUGAAGACUUUCGAUAAAAAAGUACUUUUUCUUGCUGAUUUUCGCUCAAAACAAACUUUUGACUGAAUUUCCCGCUCCUCGAAACUCUCCCCAGUCCUUGGAAAGUUAAUUUUUUGCUCGCCGGGCCUCGUGAGAAGCGCCAUCUUGGCUUCAGGCACAGAAUAGGAAGUUAUACCAGAAGCGUAACUCGAGCAAGUAUUUGUCCGCGUUUUUACAAGCGAUUCGUCAUCAAUCACGCCAUCCUGGCUAGUACAACCGGCACUUUGUACCUAUCAAAUCCUGAUAAAAACUUCCGGCUGUACUAGCCAGGAUGGCGUGGCCUGACGUGAGCGAGUUAAAAUUUUCGUGGAUAAGGGAAACGACUAGAGUUACGCUUCUGGUAUAACUUCCUAUUCUGUGCUUCAGGCAAGUAUGGGCAUGUUUACCUGCAGUUAGCGUGUUGUUAUUACAGUUCACUGGGCUAACGUCACCACUGCGUAUGAAAAACACUGGCAGGGUAAAACGUAAACUAUGCUCGCAAUUUUUCCUGCGAUUAAUUUUACAUAAAAUGAUAAUGCAUGUGUACGAAAUACUGCCUAUGUAGUGUAAAGAAGAGUGUUAUGAUUUUCAUUUAUUGGUUUGGCAAGACGUUAUGUUUGAAAAAUCACCUUAACAUGAGCUUUGUUGUGUUUGAUUGAGGUAAUAAAUAAAAGGGAUGCACGAGAGGGAAGUUUCCAAAACUAGUUCAAAAUCUCAGAGUUUACUUGAGUUUAGGGUUAGGAUUGGGGUAAAGGUAAUUGUUGUUGAUUCUUUCUCGUUUUAACGAUCUUAAAAAAUAGCCGCCAUCUUCAAAACCUCCCUCUCGUCCAUGCAGUUUAGCAACGACCGUUUUGAUUAAUAGGGAAGCGCGCGGAAGAGAGCUCAUCGAGUGACGAGGAAAACCCACAGUCAGAAAACUACAUAAAAGUAAGUAACAAAAUUAACAAAUAGAUCACUUAUUGUCAUUCCGUGUCUUAUAACAACAGGAACAUUGGUGGAAAUACAUGUGUUAAAACUCGUCUGUUUUAAUUGUUUAUGGAAAGUACUGUAUGAUCGUUUCAUCGUCACGCAUGUUCUACAGGGUGUCCCCCAAAAAAGUACCCUCUAUAGAAAUUAUCCUCUAUAGAAAUUAUCCUAUUGCUGUUAAGCACAGGAUUUCAUGCGCCUGGUAAUUAAAAAUUCAAUUCAAUUGUGCUUACACACUCUUGUGUUCAGCAUAGUGCUCAGGCAUUCAAAUUAUAACAAUAGGAUAAUUUCUAUGGAGGGUACUUUUUUGGGACACCCUGUAUAUGUUCGCGGCAAAUCAACCAACAGCAAUGUUUUCAAUAUUUUGUAAUGUCCAAAAUGAGUAAUUUAAACCAAAACAUUGGUAUUCAUUUAGCGAAAAUAUAAUACGCGCACGACGAUGAACUGACCAUGUGUUUUUUAAGCCACUUACAGAAUGAGUUCUAUUGCAGUAUUUCCAUAAAAUUUUUUGUAAUAAAAUUGAUAUUCUUUACUUAGUCUAUUGAAUAUUACAUAUAGGUACCUAUAUAUAUUACUGAUUUUUUGAAAGUUUAAUAUGCAUUCCCCUUCCUUUUACUCUCUAGGUAAAAUCAGCGAAUGGCAAGGGUAUUCCUAUCAUUAAUAAACUAAAUAUAAUUCAAGACUUCAGUGGGAAACACCAGGUUUGUGUUGCAGUUGUUGUAUUGAACUAUUAAAUAAACAAGAAAACGUGGUUUUAGCCUGUCCGCAGUCCCAUAUUUUGAAAAAGAAAGUGUGGGUCUAAUGGUUUCCAUUCUCUUAUUAGGGAGCUGUUUGGACGAUGAAAUUUACUUCCUGCGGUAAAUUACUGGUAUGUAACGCGUGGCACUCAGUAUUAACUUUUCCAAAUUGUUUCUUAAUAAUGUGGAUCGUAUUUACUGUAUCCUUCUUCCACAUUGAUUCUUGAGGGUGAGGUUCCGGGUUAUUGGACUACUGUUUGUCAUUGCAUAUGAUUUUUGUGUUAAUGUGGUGCAAUUUAACUGUGAAAACUUGUUGUACACACAAGUUAAUUUUUUUAUUUAUUAAAUUUUAUGAACAGAGCACUGCUGGUCAAGACAAAGUCGUGGUAAGUUGCACGUAUGUUAAGACAUAAAUAUAACCAAAACGUACUGUGCAUGCAUGUUCUGAUUUUUUGUGUGUAAUUUUUUAGCACGUGUGGGUACUGAAAACUGAAAAGGACUUUUUCGAACAAAUGCGAAACAAAUACGCUAAAGCAGGUUUGUUUUACAACAGAAAAAAAUAAUUGAAACUCUAACUCUAUGUAUAUUUCCCCCUCACGAGAUCAAGUACGAAUAAACACAUAUUGGGUUCUGUUGGAGUCAAAGCAGUUCACGCACAGGAUUGACGAAGGCAAUGAUUUAUAGGACUUACCGGCAGUUGCCGCUUGCAUGCAAAUUAGCCUGAAUCUGCUCUUGAAUGUACCCCCGAAAUGUUUGUACAGUACUGUAGUUUCAAACAUUUGAUGUGAUAGCUGCAGUUUUGUAAAGUACAUAUGUGGGCAGUGAACAAUCGUACAAUUACAUCAAAGAAAGUAAAUGGGGACUUUGGUCAUAGAUUAAGUAAGAACAGAUGUGUAACUUCAGUAAAAAAGUUGUCCCACGGUCGCCAUCUUCCUAGCAAGUGUCACUCGCGUGACAAUUCGUCAUUUGGUAAUACGUCAUUGCUUUCAAAAUGCUUUCAACACCUUUUCCACAACUUUAAUUGUUUUUAAUAAUUUUCAACAUUGAACAAAUGAUGCUCUUGAUUGUUUAAUCCAUAAAUUUCGAUCCAAAAAAGCCGCAAUAAAAUGCAAAAGUUCAUGUUUUCCAGGACGCCAUCUUCCUAGCAAGUGUCAUGGCGUGAGCAUGACGUGUACAUCUAGGGAAAUUUGAGGACACGAAUUCCUAUUAAGUUACACAUCUGGUAUAUACUUCAUCUGUGCUUCGGUGGCGCAGGCUUUAGAGCAAGCGCCUUUCACCUCUGAGAAUGUGGGUUUGAUUCUCGCUAUGGACUCAUGUGAAAAGAGUCAGUCAGCGCUCUGCCGAAAGUCGUGGGUUUUCUCUGGGUGCCCCGGUUUCCUCCCACUGGGAAAGUUGAUUGGGUUGGGAUAAACACAGUUAAGAAAGUAAGUAAAGUAAGUAAAGGUAAAUUGUACUUGAUGUAAAACACAUUUGAUCAUGAUUUUUUCUGUGUUGGUGUAUUAUAUUUCUGUGCUGGUGUAUUAUACUAUUAUAGGUGAAUAUAUGAUGCUUGUGAUGUUACUCUGAGUGCAUAUCCACACCGGAGGGUCCUGAAGGGGUAAAAUGGGAACUGGGAUUUGCUUAUUUUUUGGUGGGAAAAUGGGAUUUCAUGCACUGGGACUGGGAUUCAUCAGCAAACAAACAAUAGAAAAUGGGAAUGGGAUUAAGAUUUGAGCACGACAGCCACAGAGAUGAUGGGAUUUGUGCUCUGGAAUAAUGGGAUUUAGUCAAAAUUUGGGCUGGAAAAUGGGAAUACGACCCCCCCCCCCUUCAGGACCCUCACACCGGGCAAGCUUGAAAAAUAUGCCUGGCCACAAUGGGAAUCGAUUCCCACCGUGGCCAGGCAUAUUUUUCAAGCUUGCCCGGUGUGGAUAUGCACUCAGAGUAACAUCACAAGCAUCAUAUUUAGUCAUAUCCACAUGCAUGUAAAUUUGCGCAAUAGAAAUAUUAAUCGUAAUCGUAAUCGUAAGUAAAUAUACCCGCACGCCCUAACUUAGACAAGCAUGUUUCAAUUUUAGGAUAUUCUAUAUCAAUAGUAAUUUUUUACAAACACUGUACUGAUUUUGUAGAUUCCGAACGACCAGCUACUCCGGACUCUGAGAAAACUGCCAGUGAAGAAAACGAGGUCAGUUUACAAAGUUGAUCUUCAAUUGGCAGGUUUUAGAAUAUGUCAGCUCCGUGUUGCUGCUUGUUCUUAACCCCGGAGGAAAUAUGUUAUCAGUGUGUAACUGCAGUGGUUGAUUUGUUUUACUGGGUUUAUGCUGGGAUGUUUUUCACCAAAACAAACAAUUGUAUUUAUAUAUCCAUGCAAACUCACGUGUUCUUGUUUCAGAAGGAAACAAAAGAUAAAGAUGGUGUAACGGAGACAGACUAUCCUGAAGGAUUUUGUAAAGAACCAUUUUGUACAUAUGAAGGUCACACUGGUGAUGUUCUGGAUCUGUCCUGGUCAAAGGUACUGUAUUUCUACAUCUGUACCAUUUUAAUGACUUCCUUUUCAACGAAAUUUCAAAGUUUAGUACAAAUAAACAAUUUUAAAAGUCAACUACUACUGUAUUUGGCUUGCACAACUACAGCAAACAACAAAUAACAACAAAUUUGCGUGAUGUGCACAUAAACAAACCUGUUGCAUGUACUGGUAUUUUGAUUACAAGAUUCAUUUCUGUUAUCUAGAAUUACUUUCUUUUAUCGUCAUCAAUGGAUAAAACCGUUAGGUAAGUGAAAUCUUCAAGACUUUAAAGACUUACAGCAACGCGAAAGUGCUACGUGAGAGAUGUUACAUAAGUCGCCUUUAGUGAUCUUGUAUAGUGGGAAACUCCGCAACGCUUUAAAGGCGGGCAAGUGCUAAACAGAACAAGUUCAAUUUCACACUAUUUGGCAAAAAUAUUACAUUGGAAGAGAUACUCAUGCAUAAUGUAUAUUCGGUAUAAAGACAUUAAAAAGUUUUAAAUUAUGAUAUUGAAAUUGUACACGGUGACCAAAGUAGCAUAAGCUUUCGAGUUGGCCAACAAUAUUGCUUUAACAAUAUUGCUUUAAAACAUUGGAGCUUUCAUGCUAACUUUAUUAUUACUUUUUGAACAAUAUUGCUUUAAAACAUUGGAGCUUUCAUGCUAACUUUAUUAUUACUUUUUGUCUGUAGAUUAUGGCAUAUAUCUCGAACUGAAUGUUUGUGCUGUUUUCAACAUAUCGAUUUCGUCACAGCAAUCACUUUUCAUCCACGAGUAAGUUGUUAGACUCAGUUACGCCUGCUUCCAUAAAGACCAUUUUCUAAUCCCAGCGCAUGUCAACAGAAUUGUGUGAAAUUCUUAAACGUGAGUUUAUUUUAACCAUGGAAGACACUGCAUGGUACUAUGCUGGACGCCAUUCAAAACUUGUCCAACGUCUUUCAGUUAGCUCAUGCUUCAUACUGGAUAUAUUCAGUGGCGAAGCCAGCCCGAAAAUUUGGUCAUGCUAUGCAAAUUUUAAAUCAUCGAUAUUCAUUUCUUUAGAAAUCGAUUGUUUUCACGGUCAAUUAACACGGAAAUAUUUGCAUAGCAUGACCAAAUUGUCGGGCUGGCUUCGCUACUGGAUAUAUUUAUGGAAGAGUUUUCGGUUUUUCUUCAAAACUCAAAGCAAGAGAAAGCUUUAAUACUUCAUAUCAUUGCAGAUUGUACUUCUAUAUGUAUUAGGAUGACCGUUAUUUUCUGAGUGGAUCUUUGGAUGGGAAGCUACGACUGUGGAAUAUUCCUGAUAAGAAAGUUGCUCUCUGGAAUGAACUGGAAGGAGCAGGUUUGUUUCUAUAGCUUUGGUAAAUUUUACACCCAGAAACCCUCAUCAGCAUCACUUAUCCACAUUUCUAUUAUUUUUAUUCCAACAUGCAUUUUCCGAAAAUGCCUGGGAACGAGGAUCUUACUAUAUAUACCGUACAGUACUUCAUUAAAAAAAUCAUCAACGGCUAAUUUGCGCAGUAUUUGAGCGUGCAGUUAGUGGUUUUACAUGUAUGGACAAUACAACUGAGAUGGAGGGUCAACCUCAGACUUGUUGAUACUUCUAGGAGCUAGAAAAUUAAACUCUGGUUUCCAGAGCAUUUUCCUUUCCUUGCAUUUUCAGAAAAGACUCCUUAUUAAUUUUUCCAUAUGUUUGCUUUAUCAGGGAGUCAUUUAAUCACAGCUGCAAACUUCUGUAUGAACGGAAAAUUUGCUGUCAUUGGAACAUAUGAUGGACGAUGUAUAUUUUAUGAGACUGAGGUGAGUUUGUAGGUUUGAUUGGUGAAUAUAACAAUACGUGUGUUUGGAAAAUUUGUUUUUUAAUAUUAUAUUCAAAUAUUAUUUGCACUGAUGAAAAUCUUGGCUGGCGGAUCGAGCGCUUUCCCAAAUUGAAAAUCAGCGGUGUUUUUACAACGCUAAUUAUUAUGGAUUUUCUUACCAGUUAAAUAAAUAAUGGUGUCGUUUAGCAGUUUACAAUGUUUAUGUAAAUAAUUAUUUUCUGGUGCCACUUAUGAAGGUUAAUUUCAAAUGUAUUGACAUUUCUGCAUGAGGACGAGUAUAAAUAAUGCUAAAUGUUUCGAUUACAUGUAUAAUGUAUUACUACCAAACACAGAGUCAAUACAUAUAUAUAUAGUCAAGGCUGGAAAAAAGUUUAUUUUUCUGGGACCACCAUUUUUCAGUGAACGUAUAUUGAUAGAGAAUCAAAUUGAAUGUUUAGCAUCUCAAGUAUUACACACAGUGGCAAAUUCGAUCAACAAGGAAAAAGCAAGGACGAAAGAUAAGCGGGAUUGAGCCGAUGCCGGGAGAAGAUAAGGUUGGUCGUUGAUUAUUUGUAAGAUUCUAUGUACUACUUAUCUGUAAUCUUGGUUUUCAAGCGUGGUUUUUUCAUUCACUCGUAACGUUAUAUAUUUCAGAUUCUAAUCACGUCAAAUGACUCUCGAAUACGUCUGUAUAGUUUGAAAGAUCAUUCCUUACAUUGCAAGUUUAAAGGUUUUACAAAUUCUAGCAGUCAAAUCAAGGGAAGUUUCAGGUUAGUGUAGCUGUUUGUCGUCACUCACUAAAUUGUUUGGAAAUUAAGCAUAAAACAGUUCUGCGCGAGUUACAUAGUUAUCCUCGUUAAAGAUGAGCCAAAAUGUAAAAGUCAUUUAUACGGCAAUCGUAAAACUUGCAGUAAUUAAGUUCUUUUACACUACUUGCUUAAUUAAAAUUAUUCACAACUUUGCACGUCUAGUUUAGUUAGGAACGUUAAUUAAAUUCUUACCGAAAAAAUUAGACUGCAAGUACGCAAUACUGAUGUCAAUAUACACACUUGAUGUAUGCUCCCGAGAACAAAACAUCACCAACACCGCGGGCAAACGUUAUUUACUGUUUAUAUUCAAAAGACUGGAAAUAAUGUUGUUUCACGAAGCUCUAGCAAAAGAUUUAAAGUGCCUGUAUCACUUGUGGGACCUUUAUUGAUUUAAAAAGAGCGUAAAAAGUUAGUUAGGAGGGGGGAGGCGAUAGAAAGGGAGCGAGGAAAAAAACAAUAGUCAUUGAAAUGAAUAUAACUGGAAUGCUACCUCCAACCGGAAACUUGAAGGUCAGUCCCAGUCUUCACACAUGCGAAGAGCGCUCUUAAUCAGUCAAUCAUGACAUAAACACGUGGGUUUGACCCUCAGACACGCGUGUCUGGGGGGGGGGGUGUCAAAUUUUGGCUUAAAAAAUAGGCAGUUUAUCUGAAGGUAGCGUUCCAGUUAUAUUCAUUUCAAUGAUUAAACAGCGCUUUUCUUUUCCCGUAUUUACUGCUAUUAUUUUGGCUGACAUUUUCCCCGCCAUUUCCGUGUACAUGUAAAAUAACCUGUUAAAGGGUUUCCAAAGCAUUUCCAGUCGCUCGUUGUGUAUUUUUCUUCUCUAUAACGUACUGUCAGUAUUUCUGUGAUAGACUGGGAAAACGUUCUUUCUAAAUUUCCAGCUCCAUUUGUGUACAUAGCAACGUAGCCGGCAGAAGCGGCCAACAUUGUUCACCUGUUGCACGGUGGGAUAAAUGCAUUGCAUUUUUCUACCUGACCACAAAUCAGCCAAUCACGCAUUGCGUUAAAAUAUAUAUUAACAACAUAAAUUAGUGAAUGCCAUAAUGUAUCUGAACUCUCAUUUCUUAGUCAUGAUGGCGAGUUAGUGAUAUCAGGUUCUGAAGAUCAUUAUGUUUACAUGUGGAGAGCUCAACACCGCAUUGCGUCAACUAGGAAAGAUAAAAAUGAUUUCUAUGAAAGUUUUUCAGGUAAGAUGUCAUCGAAUGACUAUUUAUAGACUAAUCUAGAAAACACGACGCAAACUGAAAGACGCGCCUUCGAAACAAAAAAAUUCUUCAUGCAAAACAAAAAGUUUGAAAAGUUUGUGGCCCCAGGGGUAUCUUCAACAACGUUGUCAUUCUCUAUACAACGUUAAACGUGAAUGCUUGUUGCGACGCUGGAGGAGUUACAUAAAAUCUGUCUCAUAGCAGAUGCCGGAUCGUUUUUCCCCAACUUAGCCAUUUGUAAGGUUAUUUUAAAAAGCUUCAAUUUAAUACAGUAAUCAAGUUCCUUAGCUCUCAAUUUUUGAGCUGAAAAGGAUGAUUUCAGCUAUCGACUAAUUUUUUUAUCUAGGCAAGAAAGACGAAAUAGCUCAAAAGAGCAUCCUAAAAUUAGUACAAAGUUUGGUUGCAAAGUUUGGUUGCGAAAUGUUGUAAAGUACGAAAAAUAUAGUCCUGCAUGUGAAAUUAUCAAAUUUUGAAUAUUUUAGUAUUACGCGCGGAAAAAUGCACCAAAAUUUGCUAAUUUCACAGGGCUAAUUUUCCGUAUUUUACAACAUCUUGCAACCAAAUUUGGCAAUUUUACUAAUUUUCGUAUAAGCUAUAAUGAUAGAUUUCGUCUUUCUUGUCUGGAUCAAAAUUUAGUCUAUAGCUGCGUCCUCGUGUUUGCCUCGUCGUCUAAAUCUGCCCAAGAUAAAAACAUUGUUCAUGGUUUUGUGAUUGUUUGUGUCAAUGUCAAGUCAAUCACAUUUAAUCAGUCUGGUCCAGUUCACAAUGACAAUGUUAAUACCUGCAUGUUUGCCUUUCAAUAGAAACGAUGGUAAUUGUCAUCAUUUCAGAAAUACAUAAACUUUACCCCCCGUUCUACACUAGCAAACGUGAAUCAAGCACUGCAAUUAUACUGUUGAUUUAUACAGUUUUUGAAUGUUUCUUGAUCGAGAGUUAUUGGUAAGGUAUUGCUCCUAGUCUUUCAUAAAUGUUUAUCCCAAUAAUAUUAAAUUACUCCUUGAAACAAUCAUUGCCAACUUGUCAAUUACCACAAAAAUUCAUGAAACAAGCAAUCUAUGAUUAAUUAGAAUGUAACCUAUUAGAGCUGAUUGACUGACUGAGAACCACAUAUCUUCCUUACUGGAAUGGCUUGUGGAAAUAUAUGUGGUGGUCGGCCCGCCCUCGUUGUCGGGGCUUCAUGUGGCUUCAACGUAGGCAGCCAAGAAGCCCUGGGAACGAGUAUGUGGUCGGCCUUGAAUUUCACUGAAAAACUCGUUUUCUAUCCUGUAUUUAAACAAGAUUCCAAUAUACCUGAAAGAUAUUUUUAAGAACGCAUUAUUUUACGUUCCAGCUCACAAUGCUGUCGUGACUGCCGCCAUCUUUGCUCCCUGUCCAUGGAAUGUCGUUCCAACCGAGUAUGACGACAACAGUACUGGGGGAACUGGACCCGAAGUUAUUGUCGCUGCUGAUUGGACAGGCAGCAUUAAAAUAUUCAUAAACAGAUACUCGAAUGAAAAAACAUAAAACGGCUACUUUAGAUAACUAAUAUCUGAAUAAAGUCAACUUGCAUAUGGUUUGGGAAGUCGGCAAACUUCAUCGUGCAUAAAACGUUUGAAGUCUUGCUUAUUAAGGAGGUUCAGAUUUGACUACCGCUGCCAUUGAUGGACUAUUAACCAAUCAGAUGCGUUUAAUAUAUAGAGAAUAAUACAUGGGUGCGCGGAAAUACCAGAUUUAUUUCGAGUGUUGAACAUGAUAUCAUGUUCAACACGAGAAAUAAAUCUGAUAUUUCCAAGCACCCAUGUAUUUUUCUGUUUAUUAUAUAAACAAAAUUCAGUGAAAAACAAUAAAACGUCCGUGGCAAUGCGUUUUACAACAAAUGAUAUUUUCACACGUAAAAAUAUCGUAUUUUUUACGUGUGUUCAAAUACGAUUUUUCUCAGUGGCCAAAAACUCUAUAUAACACUUAUGUUUAUAUAAUAAAUCGGAUUAACCAAUCAGAUGCGUUUGAUAUAUUGGAUGAACCAGUCAGAUGCGUACUAAGUCAGUGAGAGGUAGUGGAAGUCAAAUCUGAGCCUCUCUAAUAUUUCAACAGCACAGUUGAGGGAAAGGACCGUGCCCAAGUUUGCAUUAAAAAAGAUAGAAGGGCCAAUUUUCCAGACCAUAUCAGUGACCAUGUUCUAAACGUUCGUAUUUUGAUUCAUUUCAUGAACCGAAGAAUUUCUUGGGAGGAAUUUCUUUGCAAGAAAUUUUCCAACGGCUAUUCAACGUUGAUGAAUGAGAAAGGAACCAGAUAACGCAUCGUAUGCAGGCUGGUUCGGUUUGCUUUGCCGACAUGUUUUAGUUAGACCAUGGAUUGUAAAAUAACAUUAUUUACAAAAUACAUGGGCAAAAAAUAUGUAUUUAAUAAUUCUAUUACAAAAUAAAUAGACAUCACCUUCGUUGUGAGCGUUUUCCUCUCAAGAAACAUGCGGUUGCGCCAGAAUAUUUGCGAAAUUCCUUGGGGCGGAUAUAUGUGAUCAUUAUAGGUUGUCCAAAUAGAUCACAUAUUGUACUAAAACGUCACUGCAUAAUCUAGCUAAUCCAAAUAUAUUCCUUGAAAACUUAAUUAUCACCUGGGGCCGGUUGUUCAAAAGCCGAUUAGCUCAACCCUAGGUUAACCUAAAAUCCAAAGCAAACGUCCCAACAGCUUCGUUAUAAACUUGGAAAUAUUCCUUCAGAAAUCUUGUCUGGACCAAUAAGAGUUUUCUUCUGUGAAGUUUUAAAACAGAUGGAUGUGCAGAAAAUACAUAAACUAAAACAGUAGGUUAAAUUUUAACCCAGGAUUAGCGCUAAACCAGUUCUGAACAACCGGCCCUGGAACUGUAGUGUUCCAAACGCUAGGAGCUCUCACAUAAAAAAAAACUAUUCUAAUUAAGAUUUUGAAACUUUGUAUAAAUAUACCCGAAAAGCAUGGACCCACAAUAAAAAGUGAACAAAAUCACUAUCCGUUCAACCGACCCUGAUCAAUAAAGGGUCAGCAAAGAGCUCAAGAAUCCGUGCGGUAAGAACAAAAGUAGGGUCCAGGUCAGGUCAGCAUAUUCUCCAACGUCUAGAAUUCCUGCAACUCACGAUUGUAUUGAAACUUUCUCAGGGAAACGCGAAAAUUUACCGCUGUGAGUAUUUAUCCGAAUACAAUGAAAGAGAGCAAGCAAGCGUUUCAGCUUAGAUCAGUUAAAGGACACUAGG